GGGGGCUGGCGGGGCUGGGGCCGCCGUGGGGCCGGGCCGGUGCCGGGGGAUCCCGCCCCGGUGCCGCCGCGUUCCGAGCCGCUCGGGGGAUGCGGAUGCCGGUCCCCGUCUGUCCGCUGUGGUUUGUGCCUUCCCGGAAUGGUGCGGUGGUGCCGUGGGGUUGCGGUGAUUCGCAGGCUGUAAGAUCUGAAGAAGACUCCUCCUCCUUCAGCAGUAGCAUGCUCACAGUCUUCCUGGCCAAUGAUUCUUCUACAGCAAGCAGGACUUCUUCCUCAUCCUGAGAAGCCUUCAUCCCUUCCUAUGUCAGUGGCUACAAGGCCAAGAGCCAGCUCACCACUGUCCCCACCGAAGUCUCUGGGACUGGGGCCUUCCUUUCAUCACACACAAGAAGAGGAGCUUGCCAAGGUGGUGGAGCAGGACCCUAUGCUGGAGGAACUAUGUAAGCCCCUGUGCUGUAAGCUUUGCAAUGUCACUCUGAAUUCGGCCCAGCAAGCCCAGGCUCAUUACCAGGGUAAAAACCACAGUAAGAAACUCCGGAAUUACUAUGCUGCCAACAGCUGUCCGGCACCCGCCAGGAUGAGUAAUUCAGUUGAGCCUGCCCCACCUCAGGUUGUCUCCCUUCCYGCUCAGAUGGGAUCCAGUAAACCAGGUGGCCGAGUGAUCUUAGCUACAGAGAAUGAUUACUGCAAGCUUUGUGAUGCCUCAUUUAGUUCUCCGGCUGUGGCACAGGCUCACUACCAAGGGAAAAAUCACGCCAAGCGGCUGCGUCUUGCAGAGGCACAGAAUAACUCAUUCUCGGAUGCGUCAGAACUGGGCAAACGAAGGGCAAGGAAAGAAGGGAAUGAAUAUAAGAUGAUGCAGAACAGAAGAAAUACCUAUACGGUUCAGAACAACACAGGUCCCUACUUCAACCCCCGCUCUCGCCAGAGGAUCCCCCGUGACCUGGCCAUGUGUGUGACACCCAGCGGCCAAUUCUACUGCUCCAUGUGCAACGCGGGCGCCAGCGAGGAGAUGGAGUUCAGGCAGCACCUGGAGAGCAAGCAGCACAAGAGCAAAGUGUCCGAGCAGCGCUACAGGARCGAGAUGGAGAACCUGGGCUACGUCCAGUGACGCGCCACCCUYGGUAGUAGUUUGCAACUAGAGCAGCUUGUCUCUCGCCUGCUGUUUGCCACAUGCCCUGCUUUGUGCUCCAUUGGGUAGGAGUAUGCUCUCGAGCUGUACAUGUAACACCUGCAAACUUACUGGUAUGGUUAGAUUUUUUUUCUAUCAUAGUCGGCAGGACGACGCUGUGCAGGACAUGAAGUGUUUUUGGUGUUUGUUUGCUAAUUAUCUAAGGCUCUUCAUUGUGUUGAGUGGCGGGGAGGAACUGUGUCUUCUCCCCAGCCUUCUGCAUGAAUAUGCAAAGCCCAAGAAGUGCUGGGAACUUCUGYGGUUCUACCACAUGGGUGGACCGUGGGCAAAGCCCGCUCCCUUCUUGGCACGUCACAGAGCAGUGCUCCAGAACGCCUCCCUAGAGCAGACUGAAUCUCUGGGCAGCUUGGAAAAGAGGGGCAGGAGUAGGGCCUGUGAAUGUGUGAAUUAGGUGGUGUACUUGUCCACACUUUGCUGCUUCUGGCCCCCAUUACAGUCUGCCUACCCUACCAGAGUAGGUUCUUUCCACAUCCUUGUAGAAAGGCUGUGCACACCUCUCCUUCUUGGAGGGUCUUGCCUCUUACUGCUUCCUCUGUGAUGCAGAUUCCAUUCUGAACGUCUGACAUGGAUUUCAGCUGAUUAGCCCCAUUCAGAAAUAUUCUUCUGCUCUUGAUAUUGUUGCCUGGACACCUUAAUGUACCAUGAGUGUAGCUUAUCUCCCUGAAGAGAGUGUCUGGGGAUCUCAGUGGCCUAAUGGAGUGAACUGGAAAGCAGACCUGCUCGGGUGAGAUGUGCUGUGCUCUGAUUCUGCCUUAGACUGAGUCAUGUUGAGAAUAGAUGGAAGGAGCUGUCAGCUGUAAUUUCUCUGCAUAGUGAUGUACAAGAGAGCAAGAAUUGGUCUCUGGCCUGCAGUCCUUGCUCUGGAAGAACAGGACUGCCUGCUCUGUGGGUAGCAGCUAUUGGUGUGUCCCACUUCCAUGCCAUUCCCUGGGCAAAGCCUAGUGGGUGUUUAUAGAGAAAAGAUGAAAUGCUCCUUUGAGCUAGAGCUACCAAUAUUGGAUGACUUUUACCCCUCUUUCUUUUUCCAUCUCAGGAUGGGUUUGAAUUCCAUUCCUUGAUGUGUUCUAGGGACCAUCAAAAAAUCCAAAGUUAUGUAGGAUUUAAAUGUCAGGGGUGAUGAUUGUUCGAAUAACAGCCUUUUGACCACAUGGAAGUAUUCAUGAAACUUGUUAAAGMAGCUUUUUAAUUGUAGACAAACUCAAAAGGUGUGUGUGUUUGUUUUGAUAUUCCUUAGCAAAAGUAGGAAGGGGAUAAAGAGCAGAAGUAGGGCUGAUGUUUAUCCUUCUACUGGUUUGGGUAGAUGUGAGGAGCUGUGAUUGGAGUCCAGUUCACMGUGUCAUUAGAACAUGGUCUCCAGUGGCAAGUGCAGCAUGUUGGUGGCUUUUGUUGGACCUGAUCCCCCACUGUGCUGCUGGAGCUUCACUGACUUCAGUGGCAGGUACAGAGAGAGGGUCAAGAAAGCACCAUGGCUCAUCUGCCACCCCUCUUCAGGCAGUGUAUGGAAUUCRAUGCAGCUCCAUUAGUUUCAGUAGGAUUUUAGCUGGGAUAAAUUGUACCUAGUGCAUAGUGUUGAAGGUAGAUUCCCCGCCUCCUUUUAUUGCUAUUCUGACCCUGCCUCUUGCAUUCCAGAAGGACUUUCUGCUUGCCUUAAAAAAURAAGAAUGAGUAAACUAACAAAAAAAUACAGAUAGACUUUAUUCAUCUUUCUAGUCCACCUUCAAAAGGUUUGUUGCACUUGGGUGCUCCUCAGAAACUCAGUAUUGUUUUCUUCAGCUACCUGAGUGAGCAUCAGGGAGCCACACAACCUGAGUGCAGCCUUCCUAAAUCCAGGCAAGGUGAGCUCUUGCAAAGUAGUUGAAACAAYCCCCUAGAUCAUUCCAUGCUGAUCYUUGCCCUGCAGAUAGAAGCAGRGCAAUGGGUGUCCUCAUGAAUGGGAUUCCCUCCCCUCUUUUGUGCAAAACUCAGUUAAAUGCAGUUUAUGCCCUGGAGCAYGUGGGAAGGUAGAACAGGUGCCCAGGUUGUAGAGCACUCACUGAAUAGUUCUGACAGCAUUUAAGUCUGUUUCUUCUGUGCUUUCCUGCCCCUGCCUCACUCUUUGUGUAGGCUUGAAGAACACUUGCCUUUCCAAACUCUCUUAUCAGCCUUUCCCCCUCAUUGUUUGCGUUGACAGAAGGGCUCUGGUUUUCUCUUUGUGUCCUGUCCUUUGGUUUGCCAGUCUGACCCCACUGUCCAAAGGGACAGAGGGAGUUAGAUGAGCCUUACCACAACGUGCUUCAGCUCAGUGAUCCCUGCAUUAYGGUUAAGCAUCCCUCUGGCUGUAAAUUAAAGCGUGGCAUUUCCCACAGGCUGCAAUUAGUAGCAGAAAAACAAUCCUUUGUGAAAAAUAYGAGCUGGAGGAGCUGUAGGUAUUGAUGCUGUCUGGCUUAUUGCUGGGGAUGAGGAGGCAUUUUUGCUUGCUUUCAUGCAUCCCAAAAAUCAGCUGUUCCCCACGKAGCUUUGGUUGCUGCUUCUGCUCCUCAUUUGGUGUUUCCAGUGACUGCUGGAGGUAUCAAAACCUGGUUUGCUCCAGCUGUGCAGAUGUGCCACAGCACCCYUUUGUGCUGGUGCUUUUGGGAGGGUGUGUGGGGCAGGGACAUGGGGCUGUUCCUGCAGAUGUGAGGGACUCCAGUGACAACGUAGGACAGGUUUCCUACGUGGAGGAGAUGUCUGGCUGGGAGAAGCAGCUGAGACUGACUUUGCCCCAGUGUUCUGUUGUGGCCCUUCCUAAAGUGACCGUGGCUUUCCUCUCCCCCUGCAGCACUGCUUAAUGGCUCGUGAUUUUCCCACUCCCCCUUCAGCAUAGGAAGCUGCUGACUGCAAAGAGAAAACACCCAACCUCCCCAUUAUCSUUAGGGCUCAGGACAAUCCAAACUCAUACUYGUCAGCRAGAUACUGAGUGGAUCUGGGUUUUWUUUCUUUUUGUGAAAAGUGUUYUCCAAACCACUGUUCAAAACAUACUGAAAACAUGUCCUGGGCAAAUCCUUUUGACAUAGGUGGGCUGGAGAGAACACUGUACAGCUGAAGUGCCAUUUUCCAGACCUAAUUAAUUUUUUUCUGACGUUAAACCAAGUACCAAACCCAAGAAACAGGACUUCUGUGAAGCUGUCACAUUGGCCAGUAGGUUAAUGACCUUUGCUGCUAGAAACAAAAUGUAAAUCAAUAUGUUCAUAUUUAUUUUACUGUGCUGACCACUAAUUGAUUUGUUAAUAUUUAAGGCAUUAUGCUGUAGGUUGUUUUUAAGUGGAAAAAUUCUACAUCGCACUUUGCUUUUGGAUCAGAGCAAUUAUUUAUUAUAUUUGUGAAAAUGUUUUUCCUCCCACAUAGGUAUUGUUUUCUUUCCCUUAAUGCAAAAAACCCAACCAAACCCAAAYAGCAAAACCCACCCCAAACCCAAAAWCCCCCAACCAAAUCCAACCCRUGKAUCUUUGUUUCUUUUCAUGCUAAACAAAAUGGGGAUUUCCUUGCAACUUGUUAUUAAAUGUCCAUUUCCAAUUUGUUUUUCCUCCAAUGGUUCCUUUGCUAACUCGGGUGAUAUUUUUAGAGACACGAGGUUCAUGCUUCAUUUAAACAUUUCUUUUAAGGCACGGAAGUAAACCAUGUGGAAUCCAUGAAUUUGUGAGGAGUUGAAAGUGAUGCUAUUUUGUUUGUAUCAAGCAUUAGCUUUUGUUUUGCAUUCUGCACUAAUGAGUAUACAUCUGUUAUAAUCUUGCCUAAUACUGGUUUAUUUUUGACUUUUUGCUUUCUUCAUUGCACAUUGAAAGGAACCCUGAAAACUUCUGUGGAGUUGCUUAGGAUGAUCAUCAACAUAACAAAGCAGAUUUUUUUCUGUAAAGCUGCUUGUCUUAUUUCCUUUCCUAGAUGCCCAUUAUAGGGCAUUAGAAGGGAAAGCUAUUGCCAUAAGCAUGGAUUCAUAUUUUAGCUUACUAAUGCAUGAUGUCCUUUUGCUACAUUACUUAAGUAAUGCUCUGACUGUAACCAAUGGGAAUCUUGCCCAGGUCAAGAGUAAAAAAUCCCCAAGGCAAAGAUAUUAAUGUUGGCUGGGGCCAGUCAAGGUACAUUGCUAAAGUUUGUCUUUUACUCCUCUGUUUGGGUUAUAACACUCUUACAGUUUUGCUUUUUGAGGACUGUGYAUCUCUGGCUCUGUAAGGGUUUGGUCUUGCUCCAGCUAAAAUAGUUGGAAGUAUGUUGACUCUAGUUAAGUUAGGAGCAAGCCUUGAAAACCUCCAGGAAUUUCAUACCCUUGAUGUUUUCUCUUAUAUGAGUAAAAAGUUUUGUGAUUUUUUUUUUUUUUUAAUUUUUAUUUUAUAACCUUGCAUACAAGGAUGCUCUGGAUGAGACAGAGAUCUGUUGCUGAUUAUGGAAAAACAAAUGCURUGGUUGCCAAAGGAUAACAGAAAAUGGAGUAUGGACCUGGUUUCUUUGAAGUUAGUGGCUAAGCUUCUGUUAUUUUGAGCUGGGCUUUGCCGCCUGCAUAAAGUUGGAAGGGAAAAUAAAAUCCACUUUGAAAUAAAUGUGGUCAAACAGUGUUCUGGGAAUCUCAUCUUUAAAAAAUGUAUCACAGCUAAAAUUGUGUCUCUAACCUGAAAUAUCUGCAGGUAAAGACAGAAUUGCAUUUUUGAAAAAUAAAAUCAGUUUUUCAGUCUGUGUUUUGCAGGGGGAAAAAAUCCCUUGAUUUAAUUUCCUCUGCAUCUGUCCAGCAACAUCAUUUGCAAGUGCUUUGAACAUGUUUCAUCUAGAGCCUUCUUGUCAGGUUGUUUUGUACAWUUCUCCUUAUUUCCUUUAUAUUGUACUGACCCCUGUGAGGGAAUACUUGAUGAAAAUGAUUUUUUUUUUCUUCUUCAUUAUAUAAUAAACCAUCUUGCUCUUA